AUGGGAACAUCACAAAACCCAAACUGGGAAAAAGAAUGGGAAAAACCUUACGUGGGGUUCCUAAUGCCAUGUCAUAGUACACCGUGGAGAAGUCAAUUGAUUUAUAAGGAACUGGGUGCUUGGGCUUUGGGUUGUGAACCUCCGAUUCAUUUGGGUGUUGAUGAGAGGGGGGGUUAUAGAGAUGAGGCGGAUAGAUUCUAUGAUGAUCCGUGGAGGUUUUUACGAGAGGAAAUUGUUGGCUUGUCGGAGUUGAGUGGGAAUGAGGAGGAGGAAGGAGGUGGUGGUCAAGAAAAAGAAAAAGAAAAAGAAAAAGAAAACGAAAAAAUGAAAUAUAAAAAACAAUGGCCGCGCUAUCUAGUAGGAUUCGAGGGAAUAGAAAAAGAUAUUCGUGGAUUUUAUGAAGGUUCGAGAGCGGGAGAGGGAGAGAAAAAAGGUAUGGAAAUGAAAGAAGUUUGGAGAGAGAGGAAUACUCAGUGGAUUGAUGAUUGGAGACGUAUGGGUGAUGUAGUUGUUUGGGAAUUUGUGUGA